UUUCCAGAUGCUCCAAAGCGUCCCUCUGUGUCAGUGAGUCCCUCUGCUGAGAUAGAGGAGGGCAGCUCAGUCAAUCUGACCUGCAGCAGUGAUGCUAACCCAGCAGCCAAAUACAGCUGGUACAGGAAGAACCAAACACUGCGCAGUAAAAAACCACAGCUCGUCCUCAGCUCCAUCCAGUCCUCUGACUCUGGAGAGUAUUACUGUGCAGCUGAGAACGAGCUGGGGAGAAGGACGUCUACAUAUGUAUUUGUUAAUGUGAAAUAUGCUCCAAAGCGUCCCUCUGUGUCAGUGAGUCCCUCUGCUAAGAUAGAGGAGGGCAGCUCAGUGACUCUGAGCUGCAGCAGUGAUGCUAACCCAGCAGCUAACUACACCUGGUACAAGGAGAACCAAACACUGGUUCAGGGACCAGAAGGCAUUUAUCAUGUCACCUCCAUCAGCUCUGAGGACAGCGGGAUCUACCACUGCAAGUCUGAGAAUCAAUACGGACUGUUUAACUCCUCACCUCUAGUUAUAAAUGUCCUGCAUGCUCCAAAGUGUCCCUCUGUGUCAGUGAGUCCCUCUGCUGAGAUAGAGGAGGGCAGCUCAGUGACUCUGAGCUGCAGCAGUGAUGCUAACCCAGCAGCUAACUACACCUGGUACAAGGAGAACCAAACACUGGUUCAGGGACCAGACGGCAUUUAUCAUUUCGACUCCAUCAGCUCUGAGGACAGCGGGAUCUACAACUGCAAGUCCGAGAAUCAAUACGGACUGUUUAACUCCUCACCUCUAGUUAUAAAUGUCCUGUAUGCUCCAAAGCAUCCCUCUGUGUCAGUGAGUCCCUCUGCUGAGAUAGAGGAGAGCAGCUCAGUGACUCUGAGCUGCAGCAGUGAUGCUAACCCAGCAGCCAAAUACAGCUGGUACAGGAAGAACCAAACACUGCUCAGUAAAAAACCACAGCUCGUCCUCAGCUCCAUCCAGUCCUCUGACUAUGGAGAGUAUUACUGUGCAGCUGAGAACGAGCUGGGGAGAAGGAC